AUGACCUACAGGUUCAAUGACAUGUCUGUUGGUGUGUUGACAAGAGAAUCAGUGAGAAGGGCACUACAGGUUGGUAUAACUGCCUCUCAGAUAAUUUCCUUUCUGAGAUCGAACGCCCACAAGCAGUGUCUUGCGACUGGUGGUCCACUAAACUGCCUCCCAGUUACGGUUGCCGACCAAAUCCGAUUGUGGGAAGAUGAGAGAAAACGACUGAACUUCAUGGAAGCGACCCUUUACUCAGCAUUUGAAGGAGAUUCCGAAUUUAUUGGUGUUCGUGAUUUUUCUUUACGAGAAGGCAUUCUUUUGUGGGCGGACAACGAUAAGAAGCUAAUAAUAGUGUCUGAUGAAGGUCACGAAAAAGUUCGAGCUUGGUGGAAAGCUAAUAAAGCUUCCAUGUGA